CAUCCCAUCCCUUCUGCGGAGAGAGCGAGAGGCAACGUGGAAGCGAGCAAGAGACAGAAAGAGAGGGAGAAAGAGAAAAUGGUUGCCAAAACUCCAACAAAAGAGAAGAGAACGGCAGUUGCUCUCAACCCAAAUCUCCUCAGAGAAACAGUAAAGAAGAUGGAUCGAUGCAUGGCCCGCUUGCAGGAACUCCAGUACACUGUGACGGGCGGAAAUAAAGUGAUUGCCGGCAUCAGCCUCAGCCCUAGAAGCACGAAGGGUUACCUAAGAACCAGCCUCAGAUGCAAGCAAGAAUCUCUGAGGAUAAAAAAUACUGCAACUCGAGUAUCUCCAGUAGGCAAGAUGCAUGACAAUACAGGUGAGUGGCGUCGUAUGUCGUUACCAGCAAUGCUGGUUAGAGAAACAGUCAUUGAAAUCCUUCAAGCUAGCCGAUUUGCAAAGGAAGUAGCCACUGCUGUUGCCAAAGCUAACCAAACUGCCUCCGACCUACCCAAAACUCCAGAGACUGGCCAAAAGAAAAACAGGCCACAUUUUGAAAGCACCCAACUUCAGGCUCGGAGGAAGUUAGAAAAGCAAGGUACCUUGCAGUUCAUCCGAUCAGAAUCCAAUUCCCCAACUCGUCGAAGGGUCCGAUCCCGUAUCACUUUCAAGGUUUCUCCCAAAAAGAAAACAGAACUAGGAAAAGAAAACCAACAUUUAGCUAAUCGAGUAUCGCCCAGGAACAGACCUUGGGCUAAAAAGACGGUCCUCUUUCCCAACCCUUUAUUCCUCUCCUCGCCAUCUUCCCACCAACACAAAUUCUGCAAGACCAGAUCCCCUGUAAUUGGGAAAAUGCGGCAGACUCCACAUAAAUUUGCCAUUAAAUCACACCCCACAUUACCAGAAUUUCAAUCCAAGAUCAGGAACCCAGCGAUUUCUCCAUCACCAACAAGACAAACGAUUUCAAAAUUGCCAAAGCUUACUGCUAGUAAUACGGCAUCAAAAUUGAGGCUUUCCUUCUCGCCAUCGAAGCUAAGGCACUCUUUCUCGCCAUCGAAGCUGGCUAGCAGAUUAGUAUCACCACUGAAGAACAGAAUUUCAGUUCAGAAGAGUGGUGGAUUGGUCAGGGGGAUGAAGCAUCGGCCAUCUUUGACUCCGAUCAGAUUUUCAGGCCAGAGAAUUUGAUGGGUGCUAUCUAAAAUUCUCCUGGUUUGUGGGUUGUUGGAGAUUUUUGAAGAUAUUAUCUUAAUAUCCAUAGCCCGUUUCCAUUUCUCAUUGUUUAUAUUUGUGAUUUUGAUGAAUAUUUAUCAAUAAGUCUUGUGAAUGUCUGUCCUCUUCUGUAAAUUUGGAAGUGAUCUAUAAUUUACAACUCCAGUAGAAUAUUAAAAGCAAGAAUGUCAAUUUCUGAUUUUUUCUGGUCUUGAGAGACUAUCAGUUAAAUUGCUGUUUUGGUAAAUAAACUUAAAUUGCCUUCUUCUUGAGAAGUAAUAUAUAAUAGGCAGUUUGACUCCGAUCAGAUUUACAGGCCAGGGAAUUUGAUGGGUGCACUCUAAAAUUCUCCUGGUUUAUGGGUUGGUGGAGAUUUUUGAAGAUGUUAUCUUAAUAUCCAUAGCCGGUUUCCGUUUCUCAUUAUUUAUAUUUGUGAUUUUGUUGAAUAUUUAUCAAUAAGUCUUGUGAGUGUCUGUCCUCUUCUGUAAAUUUGGAAGUGAUCUAUAAUUUACAACUCCAAUAGAAUACUAAAAGCAAGAAUGUCAAUUUCUGAUU